CAGAUGGAAGGGGUGUAUUAUUUUUCCGGAAUGUAGACAUAUGGAGUUAAAACCUGUACACUUUCAUGAACUAUCACUCAUUUUUCUCUCAGCACCCCCUCUAUUCUGCCAAGCCUUUCCUCUAUUUUCCAUCCCCCCUCUACUUCCAGGGAAUCCAGUCUCCCCACUGGCACGUCCUGGAGAUAACGGAGGUUUCACUGUAUACAAGUAUCAUACCGUAUCCCUCCCGGUGAUUCUCGAAGAUAAUCUGAUAGCGAAUUUUAGGUGAUCUGACGGUACUGACCGGUACUCGUAGAGUCACGGGUACCGGCAUAAAUAUAUCAUGUCGGCAUCAAUAGUACGGUUUGGUAUGAUAUGAUACGAUAAAUUUAAAUUUAAAUGCCUUACCGGUAGUCCACCCUCCAUGCCCCACCAAACCUUGGCACAUCGAGCCCGUCCCCAAAUUCUCAAACUGUAGUCUUCCCCCCUUAAAACUUCCACCAAACACUCCAAAGACUCCGGAAUAAACCAGCUCCCUAACCAGAUACCAACCACCAGUCAUGACCGAUAUCUCUUCGAUUCUUCAAGGCGGGUACCAUCACCCGCUUACCCGCAAGUGGCAGGCCAAAGCGCAAUUAACGAAGGUAAGAAUUCCAGAUUUGGACAGCAAUCCCCUGCUUCUUGACCCCCGGUUUAUGGGGAGAAACACGGUUUUAUGCUAGCAUCGCUCUGAUAAUAUAGUCGAUGCUCGUUUAUCCCAUCUUCAUCACCGACAAUGAGGACGAGGAGACACCAAUUUCGGGCUUUCCCGGCCAAAAGCGGUAGCUACCCUCCUUACCCGUUUACUCUAGAGUCACUAAUAUUACGAAAAAAUGUCAGCCGUGGAAUAAAUAAACUCGUUCCGUUUCUUGCCCCGCUUGUUGGCAGAGGACUUGCCUCGGUCAUCUUGUUCGGAGUUCCUCUUGCUCCUGGCGCCAAGGACCCCUCGGGAUCCAAGGCGUCCGAUCCAAACGGUCCUGUUAUCCUUGCCAUUAGGGUUCUUAAAAUGGCUUUCCCAGGGUUGUUCAUUAUGGCGGAUGUUUGCCUCUGCGAGUACACCUCCCACGGCCAUUGCGGUAUCCUGAACGAGGAUGGAACCCUAAACCAGCAGGAAUCAGUCAAGCGCAUCGCGGCGACCGCGGUCGAUUAUGCUCUUGCCGGCGCAGAUUGUGUUGCCCCCAGUGAUAUGAAUGAUGGUCGUAUUAAGGCCAUCAAAGAAGGGUUGAUUGCAGCUAGGGUUUCCCACAAGAUCAUGGUCAUGAGCUAUGCUGCCAAAUUUUCCGGAUCUCUCUAUGGCCCUUUCCGCGACGGUAAGUGUAACCACUGCGCGUUGUUCUGCCCCCUUUGCGGUAACAUUUUUUUUGUAUUUUUAGCCGCCGGGUCCGCUCCGUCCUUUGGAGAUCGCAAGUGCUACCAACUCCCUCAUACUGGGCGUGGCCUUGCCCGUCGCGCAAUUAUCCGUGACCUCGCGGAGGGUGCGGACUCCAUUAUGGUGAAGCCCGCGAACGCUUAUCUCGAUAUCAUUGCGGACGCAGCCGAAAUAGCCAAGAACGUUCCCGUCUCCGCCUACCAGGUUAGUGGUGAAUUCGCCAUGAUCCACGCCGGUGCCGCUCAAGGCGUUUUCGACCUCAAGGCCAUGGCUUUGGAAAGCUUGGAUGGAAUCUUGAGGGCUGGUGCUACAAUUAUCCUUACCUACUUUACUGAGGCUAUCUUGAACGAGGGGUGGUUGGACUAGUGGAUUGGUUUAUUUGGGCAGAAUAGAUUCAAUCUCAUUUCCAUUCGCUUUGGGAAUGUCUAACAGGUGUUCCUCAAGGAGUGUCGGUGUCACUCCCUUUUCCAUUUGUGACAAAAAUUAUCUGCAAUGUAUUUCUAUACCAAACUUUCUGCGUUGAAUGAUAAAAUUGAAUCACGAGACGUCACUCGGUAAGUAUUUCGCUAGCGCGGAUGGAGCUUUUGAUAGAUCAAUUUACACUCCGGCGCUCAGAGGCAGAGCCAAUGGUCAAGUAACUUGGGGCUACUUGUACUGCCGUAGCGCCGUGAAAGGGAUGCAGGCCUCCUGCUUCUCGUAAAACAGCAUCAAUAUCCGGAUCCGUGUGCUUG